AUGCUUGUGCAACCCCAGGAACAGUCCCCAUCAUGUCCAAUACCACAGGUGAUUGCAGAUGCAUGCAGGGAGCUGCCGGAAUGUUUGCCCCAGCGCCAAGGUGGCCUGUCCAAUUUGGACACCAGGCGCGAUGUCGAAUCAUCACUCCCCGUUCCUUGCCCAAUGCGGGAUCCUGCAGUUAGGCAGGUCACACCCGUUGAGAAGGCGAAAGAUAAGGCGAUGCAACACCUUGCAGCCUUCACUUUUCUGAGCGCCCUGAAGACUCCGUCUGAAUAUGGGAAGAUGGCGAUAUCACAGUUCCAAUCAGACACUAUACAUUCACUGGCCGCGGAACCAGGUAGCUGCAAGGAGCUCUCGAACCCAUCAAUACCGCAGUUUACUACCUCAUGCAUCCUCAUAGCUUGGGUUCUGAUCUCCUACAUCCCCCAAUGGACCCGCAUCGCCUCGAGAAAGUCCGCGGAGGGUCUGUCAACGCUAUACGUGCUCCUAGGCUCGCUGUCGGGCGUCUGCGCCGUAGGAAACAUCACAAUGCUGCCCUCGAGCGGGGCCGGCGUCGGCUGCUGUAGGGAGCUCACGCGCUUCGCCUGCAUCAGCGGUCUACUGGGCAUGCUGCAGGUCAUCAUUGGUAUCUUUUGCUUCUGGACCGUCCUGUUCAUGUACGUCUACUACUCGGAGGAAGAGGCCGAGGCCGAGCUCCACGGCAAGCGGGCCUCGCUCACGGGGCCGGAGCGGACGUUCCGCCGCGCGCGGCGUGCCUGGCUCGUCCUCCUGGCCGCGUGCGCCUUCGCCUUCGCCGUCAUGGCAGUGUCGGCCGUCAUCUUGCGCCUGCAACAACCACGGCUGAAUCAGACGUGGGCCGACGUGCUGGGCGUGGGCGUCGCGGUGCUGGCGUGCGUGCAGUGGGUGCCGCAGGCGCUGACGACGUGGCGGCUGGGUCACCUUGGGAGCCUGAGCCUGGCGAGUCUUUGUUUAAGUGCUCCGUACACCUGGACCUUCGGCAUCAACAUGAUCUUGCGCGUGGGCGCACGAGGCUGGAGCGCCUGGGCCGUCUACGUCCUCGUCGGGACGAUGCAGCUGGCGCUAAUCGCGAUGGGCGCGUACUUCAAGCUGACGGGCGAGACGCAGCCCCACGAGGAGCGGAGGAAGAGCCUCAUCGCACUGCACUUCGACGGGUGGAACGGGUCCAGCCGGUCGCUUGCCUCUUCACAUAUCGCCCCCGACGAGCGGAGUCCGCUGCUGACGUCGCACAGACAGAGGGCAGAGAGCAAUGGCCGGCCUUUCAUGUCGUCUGUGUCCCCUGCGUCGCGGUGCGGAGAUGGCCUCGCUAGUUCACAACAGUAG